AUGGAGUCGUCCCGAAUCUUCGUGCGCGGUCUGCCGCCCAAAUUCAGCGAAGAUGACGUCCGCAAGCACUUUGCCAAAUUCCCCAUUACCGACGUCAAGUUCUUCCCGCACCGCCGCAUAGGCUAUGUCGGCUACAAAACGCCCGAGGACGCCGCAAAGGCGGUCAAGUACUUCAACAAGACGUUUAUCAAGCUCACCAAGAUUUACGCUGAGAUUGCGCGCCCGAUCGCCGACAAGGAACUGCCAAAGUCACGACGGCAGCUAAAGCUCGAGAAGAGUGCGCCAAGCAACGAUGAGUACAGGCCGCCGCGGCAAGAGAACGACCUCAAGCGAAAGCGAGACGAGGCUGAGCAGGAUCCCAAGUUGAAGGAGUUUCUCGAGGUCUAUCAGCCGCCCUCCAAGACGAGCUUGUGGGCCAAUGGCGAUGAGCAGCUCAACGAAGCGCCCAUUGCCACUGCCGACGAGGCUGUACCCGAAGUUGCUGUGCCAGAGGACGAAAGCGACGACGACUAUCAGGUCAUCUCGAAAAAGCCCAAGAUUGCGCCAGAACCCGCCGCCUCUGUCCCAAUACAGCCCAAGCCCGCCGAACAGCCUCCACCAGAGCCCCAAGCUCAAGAUAUUGACGGCGGUGAGCCCAUGGAAGAUAUACAAGAGGCUCCUGCAGCAGAACAGGGUCCUGUGUCCGAUGUGGACUGGCUACGAUCAAGAACAAACCGAGUCUUGGAGCUGGUGGAGGACGACGAAGUACCCUCAGUCGGCGCCGUAGCACCUCAAGCGUCGGUACCACAGCCUCCUGUAGCUAGAAAAGCUUUACCAGAAGUGGUGGAGGCGCAGCCGGAGCCAGAACAGCCCACUGAAGAACACCCAGUCGUUGCUGCACCAGACGAAGAGGACAAGAUCCGUGAGACUGGCCGACUCUACCUGCGGAAUCUCCAUUACGGGGAACCCGAAGACGAGAUCCGGGCAGCAAUUUUCAAAGCAUGUACUCUUGAAGAAGUACAUGUACCACUGAAAAAGGCCGAUGGAAAAGGCAAGGGCUUUGCGUUUGUCCAGUUCGCGAACCCAAGCGACGCUGUCGAGGCAUACCUUGACAACGACAAUACCAUCUUCCAGGGUCGUCUCCUUCACAUCAUCUCGGCAAAAGCAAAGAAAGACACCAAGCUCGAUGAGUACGAGAUCUCAAAACUGCCUCUCAAGAAGCAGAAAGAGAUCCGGAAGAAGCAGAAUGCUGCAAAGGCUACCUUCAACUGGAACUCGCUUUACCUGAAUGCCGAUGCAGUCAUGUCCACCAUUGCAGGACGCAUGGGCAUCAGCAAGGCUGAACUACUCGACCCCACAUCCGCAGAUGCUGCAGUCAGACAAGCCCAUGCUGAGACACACAUCAUCCAAGAGACAAAGUCCUACUUUGCCCAGCAUGGCGUUGACCUGGAGGCCUUUCAAAGAAGCGCCAAAGGUGACCUUGCUAUUCUCGUGAAGAACGUUCCUCACACUGUAACGCCUGAUGAGCUUCGUAAGCUGUUCGAGGAGCACGGCACUGUGACCAAGUUUCUGAUGCCACCCACGGGAAUGACGGCCAUUGUCGAGUUUUCCAACGUCGCCCAAGCGAAGACGGCCUUUAUGUCAUUGUCGUACCGGAAGAUGAAGGAUUCGAUCUUGUAUCUGGAAAAGGCUCCCAAGGAUCUGUUCAAGGAAGGUAUAGCAACCAACUUUGUACAGACUACAUUCUCAGAGCAGCCUGUUGUAAAACCAACUGCGACCGACCUGCUUGUGGAUGCUCCCGAGCCCGAAGCGACAAACACCGCUACUCUGUAUGUGCGGAACCUGAACUUCUCCACGACUACCGAGCGUCUCACCGAGGCGUUCAAGCCUUUGUCCGGAUUCCGCAGCGCGACCGUUAAGACGAAGAUGGACCCUAAACGUGGCGUGCUAUCGAUGGGCUUCGGUUUCGUCGAGUUCAACAAUCCCGAGACUGCUACUGCUGCUUUGCGAGCCAUGGACGGCCAUGAUCUUGAAGGGCAUAAGCUGUUGAUAAAGGCAUCCCACAAGGGCGCCGAUGCGGCUGAAGAGCGUCGCAACGAGGAUGCAGCCAAGAAGGCGGCAAGCACGAAAAUCAUCAUCAAGAACUUGCCCUUUGAAGCCAGCAAAAAGGAUGUUCGCGCUCUAUUCACCCCUUACGGCCAGCUUCGGUCUGUUCGGGUGCCUAAGAAGUUUGAUGCGUCUUCACGUGGGUUUGGUUUCGCAGAGUUCACCACGAAACGCGACGCCGUCAACGCGAUGAACGCAUUGAAAAAUACUCACUUGCUGGGCCGUCGUUUGGUUCUUGCAUUUGCAGAGGCUGAAUCUGAUGACCCCGAGAAGGAGCUUGAGAAGAUGCAACAGAAGAUGGGAGCACAGGCCAACAAGGUCGCCCUCCAACGUCUGACAGAAGGUGGUCGGAAAAAGUUUAACGUUGCAGGCACCGAUGAUCUAGACGAGUGA